GGCCACUUCCCCUUCCUGAGCCAGACAGGUGGCCAGUCGGAGCUGAGCCGUCCUCUCUGGGGAGUCCGGAGCAAACAUGGAUCAAGAAACCAUGGGCAACUUUGUCCUGCUGGCCAUCGUCACCCUCAUCAGCGUGGUUCAGAACGCAUUCUUUGCGCAUAAGGUGGAACAUGAAAGCAGGACCCAUAAUGGGCGGAGCUUCCAGAGGACGGGAACACUCGCCUUUGAGCGGGUCUACACUGCCAACCAGAACUGUGUAGAUGCGUACCCUACCUUCCUCGCUGUGCUCUGGACCGCGGGGCUACUUUGUAGCCAAGCCCCUGCCGCCUUUGCCGGACUGAUGUACCUAUUUGUGAGGCAGAAAUACUUUGUCGGUUACCUAGGAGAGAGAACUCAGAGCACGCCUGGCUACAUCUUUGGGAAGCGCAUCAUCCUGUUUCUGUUCCUUAUGUCCCUUGCUGGCAUAUUCAACUAUUACCUCAUCCUCUUUUUCGGCAGUGACUUUGAAAACUACAUCAAGACGAUCACCACCACCAUCUCCCCGCUGCUUCUGAUCCCCUAGCUCCCUGCUGAGCGGGGUUGGUGCUCUCAACGAGUCCAUACCUGGGGGGGUCCUCGUCACUCAUUCCUUGAAAGGAUUCCGCCCCUCUUUAGAUAGUUGUAAAUCUCAUGGCCAUCUGGGCUCCACUGCGCACGUUCACCUUGCUUGCUCUUCCGGGAAGAGGAUGAUUUUGUGUGGGCUCCGCCCCUUGAACGUGGCCGUGGCCCCAGGUUUGUGACAUGGAUCCACUCUGUAUGUUUCUUGAUGUAUCCUGCUCUCUGAAGGUGUUUUGUGACCGGAUGUAUGUUUUCCUAAAAUAAAAUGCAGGCGCGUGUUUUAGGCUGAUGGCUAA